AUGUCAUCGCUGGUGAAGGAAGACUUGGAGAAAAAACUGUUCAAGCCGCUGGCACAGAAUCUCUGCGAGUUCAUUGAGAUCGAGGUCUCUGUCCAGGACAGGUAUUACCUCUGUGUGUCAGUGACCAAAACUGAUGAAGUAAAAAUCAGCAUGGUGAAGCACUACCGAGUAGGGCUAGAUGAAAAGUAUGAAGUAACAAAAAGGUGGUCCCUGAAUGAUCUGCGGAUGAUUGACGGAAAGGAAGCAGAUACGGACAAUCCAUUUUUUGAUCUACACUUCAAGAAAGUAUACAGCUUGGAGGCCUACAGCUGUGCCUCCAAGUACUCCUUUGCUCGCACAGUGAGCAGGCUGAACCACGUGUACCUUAAGAAGGACUUACACAUCGUGAACUUCGAUUCUACCUACAUUAACGAUGACUCCAUUUGGUCCUCCAACAACAAAGACUGCCUGGUCCUCAUGAGAAUAUGCUUUUAUGCUUUCAAUCUUGUGUGCUUGUCCUUGUGUCCCCUGCCACUUUGAAGAUGUAACCCAAAGUCCUUCAUCAGUGUCUGAAGAAAAUGCCUCCCCGACUGAAUACUGAUAGUCAAAUGUUUGUUUUGCCUCUUCACUGAAGGGUAUUACUUACACUGAAAUAAGACAAGGCUUUGAGAAUUGAAAUAAAAUGUGUUUUAGUGCAGACCUUCAACAGUU